AUGGCGGAAGGCAAAGCAAUUAGCUUGGAGGAAAUCAAGAAGGAAAAUGUCGACCUGGAGCGCAUUCCAGUUCAGGAAGUGUUCGAACAAUUGAAUUGCACAAAAGAGGGUUUGUCAAGCGAUGAAGGGCAGAAGAGGCUUCAGAUCUUCGGGCCAAACAAGCUCGAAGAAAAGAAGGAUAACAAAGUGCUCAAGUUUUUGGGUUUUAUGUGGAAUCCCCUAUCGUGGGUGAUGGAGGCUGCUGCAAUCAUGGCCAUUGCCUUGGCAAAUGGAGGGGGAAGACCACCAGACUGGCAGGACUUUGUGGGAAUUACUGCUCUCUUGAUCAUCAACUCUACCAUAAGCUUUAUCGAAGAAAACAAUGCAGGAAAUGCUGCAGCGGCAUUGAUGGCGGGUCUUGCACCGAAAACAAAGGUUCUGAGAGAUGGAAGAUGGAAUGAGCUAGAAGCUGCAAUCUUGGUACCAGGAGAUGUGGUCAGUAUUAAGUUGGGAGAUAUUGUCCCUGCAGAUGCUCGUCUCUUGGACGGAGAUCCUCUAAAGAUCGAUCAAUCUGCCCUCACUGGUGAAUCUCUGCCCGUGACAAGGUACCCUGGCGAUGAAGUUUUCUCUGGCUCGACCGUCAAGCAAGGUGAGAUUGAGGCAGUUGUAAUUGCCACCGGUGUUCAUACCUUCUUUGGGAAGGCUGCUCACCUUGUUGAUAGCACCAACCAAGUAGGCCACUUCCAAAAGGUUUUGACUGCCAUUGGAAACUUCUGCAUAUGCUCCAUUGGCGUGGGAAUUGUUAUUGAGGUAAUAGUCAUGUAUCCAAUUCAGCACCGGGCGUACAGAGAUGGAAUUGACAAUCUCCUGGUGCUUCUCAUUGGAGGCAUUCCAAUUGCUAUGCCAACGGUGUUGUCAGUUACGAUGGCAAUUGGUUCCCACCGCCUCUCGACACAAGGUGCCAUCACCAAGAGGAUGACAGCCAUUGAGGAGAUGGCUGGAAUGGAUGUCCUCUGCAGUGAUAAGACUGGAACUCUUACUCUUAACAAGCUUACAGUUGACAAGACCAUGGUUGAGGUGUUUGUAAAGGAUGUGGACAAGGAUGGCCUAAUUCUGCUCGGAGCCAGGGCUUCCAGGGUUGAGAAUCAGGACGCCAUUGACACCUGCAUCGUUGGAAUGCUGGGAGACCCCAAGGAGGCCAGGGAAGGAAUAAAUGAGGUCCAUUUCUUGCCCUUUAAUCCAGUGGAAAAACGUACCGCCAUAACAUACAUCGACCCUGAAGGGAAUUGGCAUCGGGUUAGCAAAGGUGCACCAGAGCAGAUCAUUGAGCUUUGUAACCUAAAGGGUGAUGUUGAGAAGAAAGCACAUGCUAUCAUUGGCAAGUUUGCUGAUCGCGGCCUUCGCUCCCUUGCUGUUGCUAGACAGACCGUGCCGGAAAAAAACAAAGAGAGUGCUGGAACACCAUGGGAGUUUGUGGGUCUCUUGCCUCUCUUUGAUCCUCCAAGGCAUGACAGUGCAGAGACCAUUCGCCGAGCCCUUAAUCUCGGUGUCAAUGUCAAGAUGAUCACUGGUGAUCAGCUUGCCAUUGGCAAGGAGACCGGCCGCAGACUUGGCAUGGGCACCAACAUGUAUCCUUCUUCUUCCCUCCUUGGUGACACAAAGGACGAGUCGAUCGCUAGCCUCCCUAUUGAUGAGCUUAUCGAAAAGGCUGAUGGCUUUGCUGGUGUCUUCCCAGAGCAUAAGUAUGAAAUUGUCAAGAGGCUGCAAGACAGGAAGCAUAUUUGUGGGAUGACUGGAGAUGGUGUGAAUGAUGCCCCAGCUCUAAAGAGGGCAGACAUUGGAAUUGCAGUGGAUGAUGCAACUGAUGCAGCUCGCAGCGCAUCCGACAUUGUCCUGACAGAACCAGGGUUGUCUGUGAUCAUCAGUGCUGUGUUGACGAGCAGAGCCAUCUUCCAGAGGAUGAAGAAUUACACCAUUUAUGCCGUUUCCAUAACAAUCCGUGUUGUGCUAGGUUUUAUGCUCCUUGCUCUCAUCUGGAAGUUUGAUUUCUCGCCUUUCAUGGUUCUGGUUAUCGCCAUACUCAAUGACGGAACAAUCAUGACUAUUUCUAAAGAUAGGGUGAAGCCAUCUCCUCUUCCAGACUCAUGGAAGCUAAAGGAGAUCUUCGCGACUGGCGUAGUCCUUGGCACCUACAUGGCUGUCAUGACUGUUGUUUUCUUCUGGGCGGCUCAUGGCUCUGACUUUUUCACGGAAAAAUUUGGGGUAAGAUCUAUCAGGGGAAACUUUCCUGAGCUUACAGCAGCUAUCUACCUUCAAGUGAGUAUUAUUAGUCAGGCACUUAUCUUUGUUACUCGAUCGCGAAGCUGGUCUUAUGUUGAACGCCCCGGUUUCUUUCUCUUGGGAGCCUUUGUCAUAGCACAGCUGAUUGCUACCAUAAUUGCUGUUUAUGCUAACUGGGGCUUUGCAAGAAUCCAUGGCAUUGGAUGGGGAUGGGCAGGAGUUAUCUGGCUCUACAGCCUUAUCACCUACGUACCAUUGGACAUUCUCAAGUUCAUCAUUCGAUACGUGUUGAGCGGCAAGGCCUGGGAUAAUGUACUUGAGAGAAAGACUGCUUUCACAACAAAGAAGGAUUACGGAAAGGGAGAGAGGGAGGCGCAAUGGGCUACCGCUCAGCGAACCCUCCACGGUCUGCAGCCUCCUGAGACAUCUGAGCUCUUUAAUGACAAGAACAACUACAGAGAGUUGUCUGAAAUCGCUGAACAGGCCAAGAGGCGAGCUGAAGUUGCUAGGUUGAGGGAGCUUCACACACUCAAGGGGCACGUCGAGUCGGUGGUGAAGCUUAAAGGACUAGACAUUGACACCAUUCAACAACACUACACUGUUUAAGUGAGUGGCAAGACGAAAGACAACUAGCGCAUUAGCAUGGGAAUCCAGUGUUCAUCCUUAAAAAGAAAAAAACCAACAAAAACCAAGGAAAAAAAUUGCUGUUAUUUGUCAUUAACUUUGUAGGAGGAUGACGGGGUUGGGAAUAAUCCAAUGGGGGAGUUGUUUUAGACAACCUAAGGUUGGAAUCGGUUAUAUUAGAAGGUUGAAUCUUGUAUUCUCUAUGAAUUAAAUAAUUAGUUCAUUUCAAUGAUAAUUUGCUA